CGUCUGGCAGAGCCACACGCGGAGCAGCAGCACGGCGGACCAGGAGAUGCAUCACGUGAUCCUGCCAGAGCUGCAGACGGACUAGCAGAUCGGCAGCGGACGGAGCGGAGUGCGGCCGGGCCCUCUCCGUGUUCUCGUACGCACGGCGGCUAGCGUAACCGUCGCCUCUAACGUAGUUCUGCCUGCUCGCCAGCUAGAAUAUACGUCUUGCCACUAGCUUUGAGAACAAGAGAACAUCACCUAGGCCGUCCGAGAGUUAUCGAGAGCUUGCAGUGUUGGCAAAGGCCAACAUGGCGCCCCAGCCUUGUCUGCCCUGCUACAAAGAGACUCGCCGCUGCUCGCAUCGACGUCGCCGUGGAGACACUUUGCAGUACAAGAACUUGCCUUGGUGACUUGUUUUGUGAAGUGGAAGCCUGGCCACACCAACGGUGAAGUUCCAUACUGCAUAUUCCUAUAUUCCCGUGGUUGGAGACACUAAAGCCAAUAGAAUGAAGCCUGGAUUUCCCACCAUGCCUAAUUACAAAUGUGAGAGCUGUUCAUUUGUUGGCAAGAACAGGAAGCACCUAGCCAAUCAUGUAGCCUUAAACCAUAGCACACGCGUUUAUCGGUGCAGCCUGUGUGCAUUUGUUACUCGCUACCAGGCCAACUUUUACCGGCACAGGCGUAGCAUUCACAAACUCAAUAGUGCCAAUGUAUGCGAAAUGUGUGGCCGGUUGUGUGAGAGUCAAGAUGAGCUUGUAGUGCAUACGUCAAGUGAACACCCACAGUUUUUAGAUGUGCUUUUAAGGAAGUUAGAAGCUAAGAGAAUACGGUAUGCAAAAUAUGCCGAAAGAGUGAACAUGGUGGAUGGAGACAAUAACCAUGCAGCAUUAGAACAAGUACCUGAGAAUGAUUUCAUGCCAGAAGUGGUUUCUGGUGAUGCUACAGAUGAAGCGCAUUCGGAAAAUGGCGCAUCUGAAGAACAGAGUGAAGGCAUUGGACAGUCAAGGAAAAGGCCACGUGAGAGUUCACCUCCUGAAUCCAACAAGAAGGGCCGUACUGGAAGGCGAACCUACACUUGUUCAGAAUGUGAUUUGGUAACCAAGUGGCCAAAAGAGUUCCUCAGCCAUAGGAAAGAUGUCCAUGGUGAUAGAAUAAACAUUCACGACUGCCCCUUUUGCGAGUAUGCAUCUAAACAACCACAGAAACUACAGAGACAUUGCAACAUUAUCCAUAAGGAAGAGAUGAACAGUGAAAAUCGGAGGCGUGAUGUCAAGACUGUGGCACCAGCAGCACCGCAAGCUCUUGCAGCUGCAGCUGAAGUCGGUAUGCACGUUCAAGAGAAGCUCUUCAAAUGCAGCAGUUGCAACUUUCAUGCGAGGAGCAAAGUUCAUGUGGAUGAACAUGAGAAGACUGUGCAUUUGAAACGGCGGUUCUACCGCUGCCAGCAGUGUGGCUAUGUGUGUCAUGAGAAAGGUCGUUAUACUCGCCAUUUGCGUUUUCACAGUUUGCCGAAGAUUAAGUGCCAGUUCUGCAACUUUCAGACUUGCUACAAAUGGAACAUGGACAGGCACCUCAAGUACCACACUUCGGAUGGCGAGUUUCGCUGCAACAAGUGUGGCUUCAUGACAAUGGCUCGUAAAAGCCUCACUGCCCAUUGUUUGCAUCAUCAUAAUGAAAUUUUGAAAGAUACUUCAGCUAGUGAGGGAGAAAACACUGAACAUGAAAAUGAUGAUGAUGAUGACAGGCUCAUGAUUGAUGAAGAUGCUGGAGAAGACUCUGUUUCACCGCCACCACCACUCAGAAUGACUCUGAAACGAACUGGUGACACUGCUGUUGUUCAGACAAGUGAAGGGGCAAUGCGCAAGUGUCGAUACUGUCCUCAGCAAGUUCUGUGGCCAUCCGAGCUCAAGAGACAUGAGGCAACUCAUUUUAAAAUGAAUAAGAAACAUGGAUGCCCUCUUUGUCAAGUUCGCUUUGACCAGCUUGACCACCUUGAGAAGCAUGUAACACUUGACCACCAGGAAGAACCAUCUGAGAAGAUCAUUGAUUCCAGUCCUGGUACAAGUGCACCCAUCAUCAUUGAAUUGGGAAAAACUGAUGAUUCUACAGCUCGAGCUAGCUAUUCAGGUUCUACUCAAGCCCUUGACAUCUCUAUAAAGAGUAAGCAGCCUAUGCAUACCUGCCACCAAUGUGGCUAUACCACACGUUGGAUUUCAGAACUGAGAAAGCACGAGUUGGUCCACGGAAACUUAAAACCCUUCAAGUGCACCUACUGUUCUUACACAAGUCGUUGGAAAGGCGACAUGACACGUCAUGUUUUCCGUAUGCACAAGGAGAAUACUGGAGCAGCUGACGGCCCCAGUGGAGAAGUAGAACAAGCAAAGUCCAGCCAUGUGUUGCGAUUUUUGCUGUCUCAACCAAAAAAUGCGGACCAUGAUUAUGACUCUAAAAGUGCCGAAGCAUCUGGCAGCAAGGACAGUGGAGCUAUGUCUGGGAAGUUUGCUGGAAAGCAUAUUGAAUAUCAGUCUUCAUACCAGGCUACUUCAGGAGUAGCCAGGAUUGUUCAGAAGUACAAGUGUCCACAAUGUUCGUUUUUGACUCGUACAGCCUCGCGAUUUCAUGUGCACAUGAUACAGCACCUCAACAAAAGGCCAUUUAUGUGCUCAGCGUGCAACUAUCGUUCAAAUUGGCAAUGGGAUGUUAACAAGCACAUCAAGUCAAAGUCUGCCAAUGACUUCAAGCACAAGAAGGCUGAACUCGUAGUCAUGGAUGAAACUGGGUUUAAGAAUUAUGCCAAGUACAAGGUUCAUCUUGUGGACGUGGAAGAAUCUGCUAAAGGCGAUAAAGUUCUCCAGCCUACACCAUCUCCGAAGCCCAGUUCAGAAGUGCAACUGGUCCGUCCUGAUGAAACAGAGAACAUUGUGGUAACACCUGACAUACUGUAUGGUGACCAGGAUGACUUGGCUGGCCCUCUACCUGACACUAGUGGACGCCAACAAUUGUUAUAUUGUGGCCACUGCAGGUUUGCUCACAGUGAUCGCAGAGUGGUUAUUGCUCAUUUAGGCACUCAUACAGCAGUGAAACCUUAUCGUUGCCGUCUUUGCAGCUUCGUUUCAAAGUGGUACCACAUUGUUCUAAUGCAUGUGAGGCACCGACACAACACUGGCCCAAAGGACAUUGAAAACAAGGUUUCCUUUGUGGAGGAAGGCUUUAUGUUUCGCUUAAAAGAAGAAGAGCCUGCCCCACCACCUGCACCACCUGCACCACCAAGUGCAGAACAAAAACAUUUGAAGUGCACUGUGUGCCCUUACCAAUGCUCCAAAGGGUGCCACAUGGAGUUCCAUAUGAAACAGCAUGUGCCAAGAGAAGGAGCUAUUUUCAAAUGCAAACACUGCCCAUUCUAUGCUAAUGUGAAGAAAACCUUGUCACGUCACAUGCAGCUUCAUAACGCAGAGCAGAAGCCAAUCGUGGAAGCACUGCCUCGUUUACCUAUGAAGACAGAUGCUAAGAAACAUUCAUGUGAACAUUGCCCAUACAUGUCUGACAACAAAACGCAGUACCUGUACCACAAGCAGUUUCAUCGACCAAACAAGAAUGCUCCCCACAAGUGCACUCACUGCAACUAUUGGUCAACUCACAGCCACCUUAUGGCGCAGCAUCUAAAGGUACACAAGUCUGCUGAUGGAACAACGUUGAAUGGAGCAUCAAACAGUGGUGGCAUCCAAGCGAUGACAACUAUAGUCAAUGGCACAGCACACCGCAUGUUCAAGUGCAGGUUCUGUCCUCUGACUAAUAAGCGCAGGGCUAAUGUGAAAAUUCAUGAACGUAUGCACACUGCGUCAAAGGGAGCCAAAUUCCAGUGUCUUCUCUGCAGCUAUCGAUGCAACAACACUGGUGUUCUCGCCAGCCACAUGAAACUGCACAAAGCGGACAACCCGUCCUUGGACUUGAACAGAAUGAAGACAUUCUGUGAAAAUCUAAAUGCAUUGCCUCCCCGGCCAGCUAUUGCCAAAAAGUCUGCUCAAGAGUCAACAGCUGCAGCAGUGCAAAGGUCAGAGAUUGCGGCAUUAAAAGACAAGAUGAAAGUGGUACCACGCAAGAAGAUAUUUAGUUACUUCUGUGAGAAGUGUCCAGCCAUGUUCAAGAGCCACACUGACUUGGACACACAUAAGACAUACCACAACUCUGCUCAUCUCUAUCCAUGCCACUUGUGUGAUUACAGAGCCAGACACAAGCCUCAUCUGCACAAGCACCUUCUUGUCCACACACCAGAAUAUGCAGAACGCCAGAAUGGCUUUACACUGGCUGAGAUUCGUAGCCAAGAUCGCAGUCAUAAUGUAGAGCCUGAGGCGCCUGCUACUCCGCCGCCAGUUGCUGCAGAUCAGAUGUUACUUCUGGAGAAGGCCGAGACGCGUGCCUUUGUAGAUGCUGGUUCUCGGGGUUUGGGAGUCCAACUGCACCGCUGCACUCGCUGCCCUGCAGUCUUUCAGAAGGCUACUACACUUGAAUACCACAUUAGUCUACAUGGUAGCUCAGGUGUGUACGCCUGCCACUUCUGCAACUAUGCUGCAAACAGUGCAGCCAAUGUCAAUGCACACACACACCUUCACUACCGAGGUGCAUUGAAGCAGAAACAGCCUCGCAAGACGUUUCGAUGUGACAAGUGCCCUGCAUCAUUUUCAAAAUACAAUCGCUUUCAAAAGCACCUUGCCCUCCAUGGAUGCAAAGAACGAUUUUGUUGUUCGCACUGCGACUAUUCAGUCAAGUUUGCAGCAAACCUUGUUAAACAUCGCAAGAUUCAUAAAGUUCUUGUGCCUGAAUCUGAGACUACAAAACCAAAGUCUCCGACACCACUUGUGGUUACAAGCACGCCCCAGCCAUCUGAAAAAGGCACCGAGCCCAGCCCUGCUGCAUCUCCAUCAGAAAGUGGAACAGUGGCUCCUGCACCAGCACCUGUAGAGGAGAAGCGUGUUUACAUCUGCAGCCGAUGCCCAUAUGCAUUCCAUCGACGCGAGACCAUUGUAAAUCACCUUCAACGUCACUGCACUUCAGAGGGGAUGCGCUGUACCUUCUGCGAUUAUCGGUCUGUUCAUACGUCGACUUUGAGGGACCAUGCAAGAUGUCAUUUUCAGCCAAUGCGACACUACAAGCCACAGGCGUACAUGAAGUGCGAUUCGUUAGAAAUUUGGGGUACGAUGAGUGAUGGCACCAGGACAUUGCUAUUUCGAGAUGACGGAGAUGAUAAUUAUUUUCCAAACCUUCAUGACUGCAAUGAUGCUGGUGAAAAUGAUGCAACACCAUCACGCCCGACUUCAACACCAACUUCAUCGACAGUGUCCAUCGACAGUUCAUCGACAGUGUCCAGUUCUCCUGAAUUACACUUGAACAACAAUAAUCAUGGGCCUCCUGUCAUGGUACCAGUUGAGCAAGAGGUGGAUGACAUAGUUUCGGCAAGCAAGGAAACACUUGAUGACUUGGUGAGCAGUGUUGUACUCAACAACUCAAAAGAAGAAAUGCCUGCUGGUUGUAAGACGCAAGUGAUCAACAUCGUUGUCUUGGAUGGAACCAAACAGCUUAGUGAAAUUGAUGAAGCUGAAUCUGCACAUACAGAGCACAAGAAUGAAAGUGAAACUGCAUGCAAAGAAGAUGGAGAAAGUGCGCAAGAUCUCUUCAAUCGUAUUUGCAAUCCUGAUGCGACUGAGUAUGAAGACAUGGAAGAUGAAAAGGAUGUGUACUGUGACUCAAUAGUUGAGGAUCCAGAUGUUAGUGAUGUCCAAUGUGAAAAUGUUGGUUCUGCUGACCGUGGAGCUCUUGUUGCUGGCAGCGACCCUGUGCUGAAAGCUGUUAAGCAUCCCGAGGAUAGGGAGUUCUUGAAAUUAAGUGAAUGUGAAGUGGCUACAGAGUGCAAGGACACAUUACUGCACAGCAUAGAGCAGACCAGUCAGCUUUCAACAGCAGAUGUUCUAGAUGAUUCAGAAGGCUCAGCCGCUGCUACUGAUGAAUGCCUGAAGGGAGUGUUGAAGAUGGACAUAGCAUCCGACGCAGACAGUUCAUGCAUUGUAAAGGAACUUGAAAAUAGUAGGUCUGGUUGCUCUUCCAGCCUUACUGGUUUUCAAGUCAAUACAGGAGAAGCUGAUGGUGGUCAUUUGUGCAUUGGUCCAGAGGAAUCUGUCCUGUCCGAUUCGCCUAUCAAUAUAGAGCUAGACGAGUGUGGUUUUGAAGAUUCAAGGUACAAUUUGCAACCCGAGGAGAACAGCCCAUGUGAAAUGCAAAGGGAAUGUGAUUUUUCCGGACCCAGUGCUGGGCUUAAUGGCUCUAAGCAAGAUUAUAUUCCAUUGAGCCCUUCUCAAGAUGUCAACUUGAAUGCUCAUAACGGUGGCUCCUGUUUUGAUGAAGAUAACAAGGUAGAAGAUGAAGAGGUUUUGUGUGAUCUUACAGACUUUGGCUCCACAAACAAAGAAUCUGGCUGUCUGGAAAUAAGGGAAGAAUCGGAAGCUGUCGAGAUUGAACUUAGUGGAGGACAUGGCUGUGCUGCGGAAGAACCAGAAGCCAAAGAGAUUGAUAAACUUCAAUCGGAAGCUGAUGUAGCCGCCUGCAUAGUGCAAGACGAUGUCGUAGAAAUUGAAAUUGGUUCAUCACUGCCUACCAUCAAAACAAAUUCUGGUGAUGACACUGUGCUUGUACCACAGGACGUAUUUGAAAUGCAGUCACCUACAGUCCUUCAGCAUGGCAUAGUAGUUCAGGAGCUUGACCAAGGUGGCGGGCUAACUGAUGUAGCCGAGCAAGGUGCUCCUGUUGACUUGGAGCGUUUUCCUGAGCACAGUGACAAAGGUGGCUGUUCCUCUGAUGUUGACAAUGUUCAAGGAAUGCUGGAUGGGGCAUUGUGAUGUUGCUACAGAACUGGUACUUCUGAUAACGUUUUAUGUCACAGAUUUUCGCUGUGCUCUUUGAGUGCAAGUCCAGUUAAUAUUCCCACUAGCAAGUUUUUUUUUGUUUGUGUAGUUUUCUAAUGUACAGAUCAUUUUUCAUUUAAGUUGCUUUCUUUACGUGCGCUGGUCCCCUUUUACAUUUAUUAUUGUAGUUCAGGAUUCCUUUUGGCUGUUCAGUGUUUUAGUUCUAAUGGCUUCCGUGCUGUCAUUUGGCCAUGGCAGCAAACAUUUUUUUUAUUGUUCAUAUGAUGGAAACGCCUGAAGCCAUUAUAUAUAUACCAAUGUUCAGAUCAUUUAUCAUUUAAGUUGCUUUCUUUACGUGCGCUGGUCCCCUUUUACAUUUAUUAUUGUAGUUCAGGAUUGCUUUUGGCUGUUCAGUGCUUUAGUUCUAAUGGCUUCCGUGCUGUCAUUCGGCCAUGGCAGCAAACAUUUUUUUAUUGUUCAUAUGAUGGAAACACCUGAAGCCUUUAUAUAUAUAUAUAUAUAUAUAUAUAUACAUAUGAAUAUAUAUACAUAUAUACAUAUGAAUAUAUAAAACUACCUGCUGCAUUUUUACAGUUGUAGUUUUUUAGCAGGUAUGUUUGGUGUAUUAAUAGUGUACAAUGCGAACUGCAUUUUUUUGUAUUUAUAUACUCUUUUUUUGUACCCUUUUAUAUACAAGUUUGUGUUUAUCUAACAUUUAUUAGUAGCUAUUGCUGAAUUUGCCACUGUAUAGAAGUUUAGUUUAUAUAACAAUCAUUACUAGCCAAUACUAAAUUUGCCACUGUUCGGCAAUUGGUUAACUGUUGCGUUUUGCUUUUUUAUUGGUUAACUAAUAUAUGUUACUUGUCUCGUUCAUAAAGAAGUUGCUGUGUAUGGAUAUUUAUCUUUGUAAUUAAGCUUUUCGAAUCGCACUAUGCUGUAAAGGGAUUACGCAUUGCUAGCAAGAGAGGUCAGUGUAUGACUGGUCCUUGGUCCCUUGAGAAUGUGAGCCCUUUUUUCCCCCCUAGUCAAGUUCAUACUUUGUAUGUAGUAACUGGACUAUUAUGUAACACUUGCGGUUGUGGGUAUGUCACUGUGCACAUGUUGUUGCAUAGUGUAUGAUUGAAUGUGUCUUUUUCACUCAGUGACCUUUUCUUCUUUCUUAUUUCUUUGUUGCUAUUAUUUAUCAUUACUGUUGUGCAGUAAUGAUAAAUACUGCAGCUUUGGUAGCUGCUUGUCUUCUAAGUUGUUUCAUGUUCAUGAAUCAUUCAUACACUGUUUGUUUAGUGGUGUUAACACUGCAAGUCUGUGUUUACACGUGUGUGAUGGCAUAUAUUAGGGAUGGGGGAGGGGGGACCAUUUAUUUGAUGCAGUCGCAGGUCUUUUGUGUUGUGUGAUUCGCACAUAGUGUGUGCAAAAAGAAGAAAAAUCACCGAUAAAAGUGGCACAUUUUGUUUAGUGAUCGUCACAAGCUCAGGUGAAUUAAUUGCAUUUAUGCUUAACCUUUGUGUAAGUGUUUGGUAGCUGCUUGUCUUUUAAGUUGUUUCAUGUUCAUGCAUCAUUCAUGCACUGUGUGUUUAGUUGUGUCAACACUGCAGGUUUAAGUGUUUACACAUGUGUGAUGGCAUAUAUUAGGGAUGAGGGGGUGGGACCAUUUAUUUGAUGCAGUCGCAGGUCCCUUGUGUUGUGUGAUUUGCACAUAGUGUGUGCAAAAAAAAAAAAAGAAAAAAUCACCGUAAAAGUGGCACAUUUUGUUUAGUGAUCGUCACAAGCUCAGGUGAAUUGUGUUUAUGCUUAACCUUUGUAAAAGCAUUGUGCCUCUUUCAAGGGGGCUUGAUAUUUAGCAAUCGCUAGUUCAACCAAAUUGUGUGAAGACCAAAAAGUCUGUAGAGAGAGACUUUAAUUUUGUUUGGCUGUUGACAAUAAAGACAUUCAACUUGCUUUGUACCUUUGUGUACACAA